AUGGAUCGAAGAGGUCCCGGAAGUUCAGUGUCUUCAUGCCCGUCACCAGCCAGGAGACAAGUAUUUCCAGCAUGUGCCAUUGAAGCUCUUGAGCAGGUAACGAAAAUAUGCGGUCAACAAACGCAAAAAUGGCGUGGUCCGGCUGGUGCGACAGCCGUUCGAAAUAACGAACUGCAACAUCUACUGGAUAAUGAUUUAUUUUUCGUGUCCGCUCGUCGAAGGGACUUAAAGUUGAAUCCGAAUCAACAAUUUCAAUUGCUUGCCUUGUUGUGUGAAUAUUUUAAUGAACGAAGUUCGGAACCUCGUGGUCAUCAGUAUUACUAUUUCGAAGUGAUAUUUUGUGGAAGAGAAGGCGAAGGUUUGCUGCAUGAUAUAAGAAUAUCAGUCUUAAUGAAUCUGUGUUCUUUAUCGAUCCAGUACCCGUGCUAUUCGUUGCUGAAUCAUGUCUCACAAUGGCUUCAUAAAAUCGGAAGUGGAAAAUCUUACGCUCAACAAAUCAUAAAUCUCCUUGUUGAUCACUUCAUAAUGUCACCAUCAGAUUGGAAUUUGCAUGAACAUUUACUGCCACUGGCUGAUGAAGUACCCGAAUUUGUAUCCUAUUUUGUUGCGUACUCAGUAACGAAAACAACAAUUCGAACGGCGCUAAUUGACGUUCUAGCACAUUGGCUAACUGGUGCGCAAUCGAAUAGAAUUAUCACGUUUAUCAAAGAAACACCCACAAUCACGAAAUAUUUUGCUAAUAACACAUUCUGGUUGUUGGUUCUAUACGAUUGCACGAGUAGUUUUGGUAGUAAAAGUGUUCUACACGGAAUAACAACUAUGCUCUAUGCGGACUGGGUUAAAACACCUCCGUUGAACAUCAAAUCUGCACUUGAGGUGUUCACCACUCAAGGGACGGAGACGAAAUUCAACUCACAAAUAUUAUACUAUCAUCUGCAUUUUGCACGCCUAUCGAAUUGUCUAUCGAAGAAGGAUCUCAAUGAAUUUCUUGAACAUACCAGUCUUGAAGAAAAGUAUCGAGCACCUCUUCAGUCCAUCAAAUAA